CUGGCGAACCAGAGCAGCGCACGGAAACGCCGUUUACCUUCCCGCCGGAGCGGUCCCUAUUUAUCUACUUGCACUUUGAUGUGCUUUCGAACUGCUAGGUGGGCAGGAGCUGGGACCGAGCAACAGGAGCUCACCCCAUUGCAGGGAUUCGAACCGCCGACCUUCUGAUCAGCAAGCCCUAGACUGUGGUUUAACCCACAGCGCCACCUGGGUCCGUAAUGUAUUUAGUGUAUACUCAAUUCUGACCAAACUAUACCUCGAUGCCAGAUGUGAAAUAUACAGUGGUACCUUGCAAGACGAAUGCCUCGCAAGACGAAAGCGUCUUGCAAUUUUUAUGGUGACUCGCAAGACGAAUUUUUCUAUGGCCGUGCUUCGCAAGACAAAUCCCCCUCUGGGUUUUUUAGAUUGUUUUAAAUCGCAAAACUGUCAAUACCCAGGAUGCAUUGUGUCUGGAGCUUUAGAAAGCCUCCCCAGUGCAGCCUGGGCUCACUUCUCGACGUGCAGUUCCAGGGUUGACUUCGAGGAGAAAAGAAACUUUUUAAAAGCUUUUUGCAAGGUUUUCAGCAGUUAAGCAAUUGUGCUGACAUGGGUCCCAAGAAGGCUGCUCCUGCAGAGGCAGAGGCCGGGAAGAGGACCAAGGAGAAGAUUACACUAGAGAUGAAGAAGGAGAUCAUCCGGAAGCACAACGGAGGCGUGCGAGUGACAGACCUCGCCAGGGAGUACGGGAGGAAUCCAUCCACCAUCGCAACCAUCCUGAAGAUGAGGGAGAAGAUCCUUGCGACAGAUGUAGCCAAGGGAGUCACCAGGAUCGUGAAGAACCGGCCAGCUGUUCUGGAGGAGGUGGAGAAGUUGCUGCUCAUCUGGAUGGAAGAGAAGCAGCGUGCAGGGGCCACAGUGACUGAGGCUGUCAUUUGUGAGAAGGCCAAGGCCUUGCACGCAGCCCUCGUACAGCAACAGCCAGGAACCUCAGCUGAGUCUGAAGUCUUCAAGGCAAGCAGAGGUUGGUUUGAAAGAUUCAGAAUCAGAUCUGGAAUCCACAGCGUGGUCAGACAUGGAGAAGCUGCCAGUUCUGAUGUUCCUGCGGCUGAGGACUUUGCCACGGAGUUCCUGGAGGUCGUGAAGACACAGGGCUACCUUCCACAGAAGAUCUUCAACUGCAAUGAGACCGGGCUGUUUUGGAAGAGGAUGCCCAAAAGGACCUUCCUGGUGGAGGACCACGACCAGCUGUCCACCCAGGAGCUGGUCGAACUGCAGGCAGGGGCUACACAGGAGCAGACCCCUUUGGAAGAGGAAGAAGUGACAAUUGAGGAACAGCUGUCCUCCACAGAACUGAAGGACAUCUGCCAACAGUGGGAAAACGUGCAGACUUAUGCACGCCAGCACCACCCAGACAAGUCUCUGGCACAUGACCUUGCGAACACAUUUGACACAAGGAUCAUGUCCUCCUUCAGAGGGGUGCUGAAAAGGCGGCUGAAGCAGCAGACCAUGGAGAGGUUGAUCUUGAAGAAGGAAAGAGUGGAAGAGGAACCUGCUGCUCAGGCUAGCCAGCCUGAGACCGUUCCUGCCUACUCUGCAGCGCCUUCUACCAGUUGAAAAGCGUUCAUGCCAUCCCCAGAGACACCCUCCACAACUCUGGGUUGGACCACGUAAAAGGUGGUCCUGCCUCAUGUUUGCUGAUUUUUAAAUGUUUUUGUCAUGUUUAAAAAGUUGAAGUUUUGUGCUUGAAAUUUUUGAAAUCCUCUGUACUGUACAGUAUUUAUGCCUUUACAGAGCACUUUAUAAACACUCUGUAAACCCAAAUUGAUUUUGUUCUGACUUUUUUUGC